CCCGGCACUCAUCCAUGCACGAACACCUCUCUCAUCGGCAUUGAAACACGAUGGACGAAGUGUCAUGCUAAAGGAGUAUUUUCGGAGAGAAAGAAGAGGACUGGAUAUGAGUUGGUGGUGAUGGGCAGCCUGGAGUACAGAGGACAGAAGAAGCAUGGCCGUGAAUGAUGUGGAAUGGCAGCGUGGCUGUGUGUCGUGGCGACCAUGUGGCUAGUGGGGCCUGUGGAGUCGGGCCCUCGCUACAGCUCACGUAUAGUGGACACCCAGACAGGCCCAGUCAGAGGGAUUAUUCAGAGCUCAAACUCACGAGAGCCUGUGGAGAUCUUCUACGGAGUUCCGUACGCCGCGCCUCCGACAGAGUUCAGAAGAUUCCGCCCUCCUCAACCUCCACCCCCAUGGACCGGCAUCCGGCUGGCGGACUCCGCCCCUCCUGUGUGUCCUCAGGCACUGCCAGACAUCAGCAACGAGACGGAGGCCUUGGAGGUGAUGCCGAGGUCUCGCUACCUCAAACUUCUCAGGCUGAUACCUUCUCUCCAAAACCAAAGCGAGGACUGUUUAAGACUCAACAUUUACGUUCCUGGAAGCGGGAGUCGAGGGAUGUACGCACCUUAUGCUGUGAUUGUGUUCGUUCAUGGGGGAUCGUUCGAGUGGAGCUCAGGCAACGCCUACGAUGGCCGAGCCCUUACCAGCUACGGCCAUGUUAUUUUUAUUACUAUAAACUACAGGCUCGGCCUCCUAGGUUUCUUAAAUGUUCAAGAAAACGACUCCGAGUGCUGCUUUGCAGUGUCAGACGUGGAGGCUGCGCUGCGUUGGGUCAGUCUAAACAUUGGUGCAUUUGGAGGUGACCCAAGCCGUGUCACCCUAGUAGGCCAUGGCACUGGGGCUGCUAUAGCAAACGUUCUCCUCCUCCGCACCUCUGCCAGAGGACUGUUUCACCGAGUUACGCUGUUGUCAGGUUCCAUGUUGAGUCCAUGGGCCAUCGUAAGACAGCCUCGAGAAGUCCUUCAAAGGAUUCAAGAGCAAACCAAUUGCCUUAACAAAGAUCAACUUCUGCAAUGCCUCCAAUUGUUACCAUUGAAGACUCUGAUGGAAACUACUGUUGAAAGUCCAAGGUUCCUGCCCCGCUUCGGUCUGUGGUUCCCCCGAAGUCCGUCAGCAGAGAUUGAGCGAGCUGGAGACACGUUCAUUGACAGACAACUGCUUCUGGGCCUUGUAUCCCUCGAGAGCUUCAGUGACUUCUCUGCCGGACACAUCGAGAAUGGCCUUGAUGUCAGCGAAAAAGAUCAACUUUUACGGACGUUUGUGAACAACGUAUACCCUCAUCAUACUAAAGAGAUUUUCUCUGCUGUGCGGAAUGAGUACACAGACUGGAGUGACGCUCAAGACUCUGCGCUGACUGCGCGGAACUCUGCUUUAGCAGCACUUAGUGACGGACAUACAGUAGCUCCACUAGUCAAACUGGCCUACUUACACUCCCGCCGCGGCGCAAACACAUAUCUCUUCCACCUUAACUAUCAGGCAGACCAUCAGAUCACUUCCUUGGGUUUAGGUAGUGUGCGGGGUGACGCCCUUUCCUUUGUCCUUGGGGAACCUCUUCUGGCUCACAAGGUGGACUCUCAACUGGCCACAGUUGCCCACACUGUCCUUCGCUUCUUCACAAACUUUGCAAAGACUGGGGACCCCAACUCACCAGGGGCUGAGCCAGAUUAUGAAAAUGAUAAAGCUGGAUCUAACAUUUGGGACAUGUACGAACCUGUGAAACAGCUGUAUCAGUCAAUAGGAGAAGUGACAGAGGUAAACAGUCACUACCGAGGACACAAGAUGGCUCUUUGGUUGAAUCUCAUCAUACAGCUGCUGUCUUCAGAUGAAGACCCUCUACGGUACACAGAGUUUGACCAGGAUGAAGACAGUCUGUAUGCAGGAGUAGUAAGACCAAAGAUUUCAAAUCGGCCAUCAACUGUGGUGCCAUCUGUGAGAGCAAUCGCACCAGAAGGACAAGAUUGUGUUUGGAAUGCUUCAGGAGGAACGAUAGAGAGGCCUCUAGGGAUGCCAACUCCACUGUCACUACCAGGGGCAUUGAGUCUUGGGCACUGGGGCAUCACCCUAGCCGUUGGCUCUAUCCUCUUGAUUUGCAACCUCCUCUUGUUUGCAACAGUUUGUCGUCGCCACCGUAUCACUUACGAAUUACGAGUCCAAAGUCUCGGACAAGAUCGGCUGGUGGUGAAGAGUCAAAGUGCUCCAGAACUUGCAAAUGCCUCCUUUCAUUCCGAAUCAUCACCACGAGUUCUCAAACGAGGUGUACCCCUCCAUAAGUCUCCAGUGUGAAAUAAAAUAUUUCCAUAUAAGGGCUGAUAAUGAGUUUUUGUAGGGUCGAAAUUAUUGUUUUAAGUUCAUGCCAAGAGCAUGUAAAACACUUUUCCUAGAGGUGCAAACACAAUUUUUCACCACCGGUUGAAGAGAAAAUGCAGCAUUCAGAGAGAAAUAACAGUUUUGAAAUUAUAGACAAAUUAAGAAAAACUUUAUUUUUAUUUUAAAGGUGAACUCAAGGAUUAUAUUUUCAUCCAGUCAUAUCAAUUCAGGCUCUUGUCUUGCCCCACAUCACAAGCAGUGUUUAAUAGUAACAGGAGAUAUUUUUAUAUUCUGUUACCCAAAAUAAAAUAAAAAAUAUGACCUUCUUUCUUGUACUGUACCCAUUAUUUUCAGAUUCCUAGAAUACCAGGGACAGGAAAUUAAAACACAUUGUAUAUCUGACAAUGUUUAGUGGAAAUGCAUUAAUUAAAAACUUAUACUUAUUUCCAACAGUUUUAUCUCAAAUUAAUAUGAAACCGUUGCCAAGUUUUGACGUAUUGAUAUCAGUUUUGAUACAAGUUUUAAGCUUUUUUAUUAACAAUUUUUUACUUAUUUUUAUGCUCAAUGGGAAUGCAGCUUUUUACUACCCAAAACUGCAGUAGGUGGUCAUAAUAAUGGCUUUUGAAUACAUGGAACAGAGGUUUCAAAAUGUAAACAUAGUAAGGGUGGGUUUGUGGCACAAUUUGCUUUUAGUAUAAGUUCAUAGCCUGUUUUGAUAUAUAAUUUGACUCUCAAACUUUCUUUUUGAAAAUAAUGCUGGAGUGUUUCAAUGAGUUAGCAGAAGAUAGAUGAGCAUGGUCAAAUGCUAAAAUAAAACUCAAAACUUAUUUUUAAUAGUUUUUUCUUGGCUAGUUUUUUAUUAGAGUUGAUUAUAUAAAUUAUGGCCAAAAUAGCAUUUUACCACAUCAUGUACUUCAAUACAAAUUUAAGUUAUUUUCUCAUCUAAUAUAUUUUGUUCAGUAAUUUAUGAUGGAAAUCACCAAUGGAUUAAAUAUAAAUCAAGUUGGUUGCUACAUCUAACCCUUCAAUUGCCAUCUCGAUCAUAGUUAAUCUUCUGGGAAAUAUGACUAAUUUAUACACACAUAUGGUAUGUUAUAUUUCUUGUAAAAGAUAAAACUAGCUAAACAUACCUAAAUUUUCUUGAAUGUUAUAGACUUAGAGUUAAAAAUAUGGCCAGAUAUCAAAAGAUGAGUUAAAUUUGUUUGGAUAAAGUUACAAAACACUUUUUGUAUUUACAAAUGUUUACUAAAUUUAAACCUUUUUUGUCUUUGGAAUAUCAGAAUUUGUAUUGUUGCCAACCAGAUCACUAAACAUGCAGAAACAGCUUAAGCCAGGCUCACACUCGUCUUUAAACCCUUAACAGUUACAGUAAUCUAGCCAAUGCAGCAGAUUAGUAUCAGCUAUUGUAUUACCCUUCCCCACUUCCAUUGUUUUGAGAUUCAGCGACAUUGUACAAACCAAUUCUCCCUUCAUAAAGCCUAAAGAAGCCCUUUGUCAAUGAACACCUGCACUUCCUCCAAAUCUUUGUAAUUAAUAAGUUGUGCAAAUCCCUUAUAAAGUACCUACUGUGUUAAUUUAUCAUUGGCGUGUAAAAUCUUUCUUGUAGUAUACACCAUAUACAGAUUGUGUAGUGGAAUUAAUUUUGUUCAGAUUUUGGUACAGAUCUACAAAGGUGCAUCACUAAGGUAUUUAACACAGCCAACCCACUUGUGCAUAUAUUGGGGCAUGUAAGAAAAGGUAGUAAAUGUGAACUGGAAUUUGUAGGAUACCCACAUAGAUAUGGGUAUCCUGCAAACCCAAUAAGAUAUUUCAAUGUCCAGAAACCCCAUUUGGAUCAUGGCAUAUCCAGCAAACCCACUCAGUUACAAUAUCCAACAACCACACUCGGAUAUUGCAAUAUCCAGCAACCACACUUAGAUCCUAGAAUAGUCAACAACCCACUCCGAUAUUACAAUAUCCAACAACCAAACUCGGAUCCUGGGAUAUUCAAGAACCCACUCAGAUACUAUUAUGUCCAGCAAACCCACUUAGAUAUAGGAAUGUCCAGCAAAACCUCUAAGAUACUGGAAUGUCCAGCAAACCCACUCAGACACUGGAAUAUUCAUAGAUAACCCACUCAGAUAUACUGAAAUAUCCAGAAAAAAACCACUGUUUAUCCAUAAGGUUCUCAAACGUUAAUGGAAAUUCAACAAGGUAUUAUAGCCACACCACCAAAGUUCGGUUAUUUGUAUUUUUAAUACUUUGUAAGUAUCCGUCUAGUUUUUUGUAAUAAAAUUCAAAUAUAUGUACAUUUUCCUGGUCCAAAACCUGCCUUAGCUCUUAAAGAGUUGAGAAAGUAAUUUAAAUAGCAAGUAACUUAAGCUGAAAAACCAGUUUAUAGUAAAAGUGUCUAAGCCUAAGAAAAGGUUCUCUCCUUUAUAUUCCCAAUCAAUCAAGGAAAUAACAAAACCUACGAUGUGUAAUAUCAUUGACUAUACACCUCUACAGAGUAUGUAUAGUCAAACAUAUACACUAUACAUAUACACCAUACACAUUCUUAUGGUGUAGAGGUGUAUAGUCAAUGGUAAUAUAUAUUCAACAUAGGUCUAACGGCUAUGUGGUACUGUUAAGUUCUGAUAGUAUAUUUUAAUAUUUUUAAUUCAAUAAAAAUUAUUUUUAAAACAGUUUACCUAAGAAAACAGGAUUGAUUCUUAGAUUAGGUUUACUGCUUCAUAGAAGUUGCUUAUAACCCUAAAUAUUGGCUACCUACCUAAGAAAAUUUGAAAACAACACUACUUUUUCACGAUUGUAUGGUAAAAAAUCAAGUAAAUCACAAAACAUAUAGCACUCUCAUCAAUAAUAUUUUUUUAAUUUUUUAAUAAUCUAGGAUUUGGUUAUAUAAUUUUACUGAUAGGGAUGGAUUGACUUGGAUACCAUGAACAAUGAACCGUGGAAAAAUGAAUAAAUGUUGGGAUCUAUAUGAUGAAGUAUUGAUUUGAUAUAUUUAUAAAACAUCACAUCAUUCCAUGGUGUAUAUUUGUACACCACUCUUUCCAAAGUAGAGGUUACAAUAGUUAAGUGUAAACAUAGACCAUAAAUAUUGGGACAACACAGAUUCCUUGUUACAGGUUUUUUAAGUUGGUUGGUUCUUUUGGACAGCAAAUGUUGUAUGGAAGAACCUUCCUUGUUUUCUUUUCAAAUCCUAUUUUACUAGCCAAUCAGAACGUUGUUAAGAUAUUUUUUUAUCUAAAUAAUUUCUUUUUCAUCACUCUGUAACGAAAGUAACUAUUUUCGAUAACAGCUGACAUCAAUGAAAGUAGUCUUUUCCCAAGCUCUAAUUGACUAGCUGAUUUUCCCUUGCUCUCGGUUAGUUCUCCAUUUACUCACUAUGCGCGCUAGUGUUUUGUUACGGUUUAAUUUAAUGAUUUGAAUAAGCUUUAUGUAUUAAUAAAACUUGUUUGAUUCUUUUAUUUUGAUGUAAAAAAAAAAUUGAGAAAUAUACCUAGGUUCCUUUUAGAAGAUUUUAUUUUAUAUUGAUGUUCAAACAAAUUAAUUUAGAGAUAAAAUAGUUGUAAUAUUACUGAGGUCUGUUAUUCUGUGUUUGUGUAUUUUUGCGUGGUGAUGAAAAGUAUCCUUCAUAACUCGUACCGAAAGUUAUUUUCCGGCACUUGCUCCAUUAUUCCUGUCCUCGGCUUCGCCUCGUACAUGAAAUUGGGGUUUCUUGUGUUAGGCGUUAAAAACUUGAACGUGCGCCGGAAAAUGCCACUUUUGGUCCUAGUAAUGAAAUAUACUAUUCCUGUCAACAAUACCUGUUUUACAAUAGGUGGCAAAGUUCUAUAUUGGUGGUCAGAAGUAUUUUCAGAAUCGCUUAAGUGAGUCUCCUAUUAGCUGAAAAAUGUGAGAGUGUGAGUAGAAACCAGGCUCUCCUAUAGAAUAUGAACAUAGUAUACUCAUAACAAAGUUCACUGACUUUAAACAAACGUAAUGUGAUUUUAUACAUUCUUGUAAGAAAUAAAAUAUGGAGUUUUGUACAUAUUAUGAAGUGAACAUUUUAUGUAAAAGAUCUGUUUAUAAGUGAAAUAAACUUAUAUUUCUCGUUA